AUGUUCUCUCAAGUACAAGCUAUUGCUGCCGCGGAAGCUGGCACUUUCUUAAUCUCUCCUUUUGUGGGCCGUAUACUGGAUUGGUACAAAGCCAAAACUGGAAAGACAUACAGCAAGGAAGAAGACCCGGGAGUUGAGUCUGUUAAGAAAAUAUUCGAUUAUUAUAAAAAGUUUGGCUACAAGACUAUCGUCAUGGGUGCCUCAUUCAGAAAUAUUGGUGAGAUCACAGAAUUGGCUGGCUGUGAUUACUUAACAAUCUCUCCAAACCUAUUGGAAGAACUUUUAGCGUCUGAUGCUCCCGUACCGAAAAAGCUCGAUGCAUCGGGUGCAGCAAGCCUCAAUAUUGAGAAGAAGAAUUACCUUGAUUGCGAGUCGUCUUUCCGAUUUGAUUUCAACGAGGAUCAGAUGGCCGUAGAAAAGCUACGUGAAGGUAUCAGCAAGUUUGCUGCUGAUGCCAUCACAUUGAAGGAUAUUCUCAGGAAGAAGAUUGAGGCUUAA